CUGGUGGUGAGACUUGGCCCAAAAGAAGGCCUCUCGUGUAGGCCAAUCAGUUUCAAAGACAAUGCCCAGAUAAUGUUAUUAUCAGUACCGUGUAUGGUUAAUGCAGUAUCUUGAUUCCCUGCAAAAGGUUUAUAUGUUGGCGUUUGAACAUAUUAACACAACAACUCUUGUUUUAUUACGGCCAGAAUAGGGUAAACACCUGUUCUUACUUUUGUUCAUACUGUGUUUACUUACGAUCAAGUUGGACUUCAUGAACGGGCCCUCAAGAACAGAACCCGUUCGUCAGGCGGAGAACUGGCCACAAAGUGUUAUGACGGGGGAGCGCCAGACGGAAACUCAAGAAGACGGACAAACACAGGGAGAGAGACACGUGAAGAGAGACAAACACAGGGAGAGAGAGACACGUGGAGAGAGACAAACACACAUGUAGCUGCAAGACUCUCCAUCAGAAGUAGCACACUUAAAUUCAGCAGCUGCUUUAACGAACCGAACGUGUGGUGGUGACAACACCACACAUCGAGUCGUCAUCUUUGCGAUGCCACCGUCCGCCAAGAAAUGAAUCGAGGAGGAACAUCCGUCCUGACCCAAGUCUCUCUGGAUGACUUCACACGUUGAGUUGGCAUUCAUCAAACAAGAAAACGAUGAAACUCCAAGCCCCAGGAUGCAUCCUGACGUGACGGUGAAUCAUGACUCUGGACCAGGCAUCAAGGAAGAAUAUGAUGGGAGUCUGGGCACUGAGAAAAUGAAGUUUGUGGUGAAAAUGGAAGUGGACGAAGAUGCUCCAGAUGUGAAGAUUGUUAAGGUUGAAGGAGCUGCUGAGAGGCCAGAGGAGAUGGGGGAUUCCCACAGAUGUCUGGUCACUUCAGACCAGAACUUCAUCGAAGUUCAGUUAUCGGAGGAGGACGUUGGUGAAGCGGAUGAAGCAAAGGAAACAGAACUUCUGUGCGAGGACUGUGGGAAGGGCAGUGGCUUGGAAAUAAAGACAGACAAAUCAGAAUGUACCAGCAACAAGACCCCGCAAGCCUGCAAGCAGUGCGGCAAGACACUUGAAGGCAUCGCGUUGUGCACGGCAGUGGCUAUCGAAGGGUGGAAGCACGUGUGCAAGGAAUGUGAGAAGGGGUUUACAUCACGUUUUAGUUUAGAGACGCACAUGAGAACACACACCGGUGAGAAGCCGCACGUGUGCCACGAGUGUGGGAAGGGGUUUGCUACGUGCUAUACCUUAACCACGCACGCUAUCUCACACACGGGCGAGUGGCCGCACGUGUGCACAGAGUGUGGAAAGGGAUUCGUACAGUGUUCCGAUUUAGAGAAGCACUCAAGAACACACACGGGCGAGAAGCCGCAUGUGUGUAACGAGUGUGGGAAGGGGUUUGCACGAAGUUCCACGUUAAAGGAGCACGUUAGAACACACACGGGCGAGAAGCUGCACCGGUGCAAGGAGUGUGGGAAGGGUUUUUCGAAGCGCUCUAAAUUAGCCGCACACACUCCAUCACACACGGGUGAGUGGCCGCACAUGUGCAUGGAGUGUGGAAAGGGCUUUGCACAACUUUCCGAUUUAGAGAAACACUCGCGAAUACACAGCGGCGAGAAACCGCACGUGUGCAACGAGUGCGGGAAGGGGUUUACGAACCGCUCUAACUUGGCUGCACACUCCAUUUCACACACUGGCGAGUGGACAUACGUGUGCAUGGAGUGUGGAAAAGGAUUUACGCACCGUUCCGAUUUUCAGAAACACACGAGGAUACACACGGGCGAGAAGCCGUACAUGUGCAAGGAGUGUGGGAAAGGCUUUUCACAGCGUUCCAAUUUGGAGAAACACGCGCGGACGCACACUGGAGAGAAGCCGCACGCGUGCCAGCAGUGUGGGAAGGGCUUUGCACAGCGUUACAAUUUGGAGGCACACGUUAGAACACACGCCUCUGAGAAGCACCACGUGUGCACGAAAAGUGGAAAGGGGUUUACAAAGCGUUCCGCCUUAACCAAGCACUCAGUAUCACACAAGGGCGAGUGGCCGCACCUGUGCAAGGAGUGCGGAAAGGGCUUCGCGCAACUUUUCGAUUUGGAGAACCACGUAAGAGCGCACACGUGCGGCGAGAAGCCGCAUGUGUGCAAGGAGUGUGGGAAGGGGUUUUCGAAGCGCUGUAACUUGGCCGCACACUCCAUAUCACACACUGGCGAGUGGCCGCACAAGUGCUCGGAGUGUGGAAAGGGAUUCACACAUCGUUCCAGUUUAGAGAAACACACAAGAACGCACACCGGCGAGAAACCGCACUCGUGCCAGCAAUGCGGGAAGAGCUUUGCGCAGCGUUACAAUUUGGAGGCACACGCGAGAACGCACACGGGUGAGAAGCCCCAUGUGUGCAAGGAGUGCGGGAAGGGGUUUUCCUAUCGCUACAAUUUAGAGAUACACACUAGAACACACGAUGUGGCUGUGAACAUUCUAAAAGGAGUUUCGUCUCGAGAGAAAAGGUGAAUAAUAUUGCUUAUGCAAUGCUCUUGUCCUACCAUGUACGUGGACUCUUUCUGACUGAAAGGUUGUUUGUUUAAAGAUGUUCGAUCGCUGGAACGAUGGCAUUUUUUGUGUUUUAUCACAUGUAGGUGUGUACGUUGGACGUCUUUCGCACCUUACAUCGCGAACUGUGCUAAUGUAUCAGGGAAGACCACGCGAAUGUUGCCAUCUUCCCCAUUUUAAUAGAUAUAUUUAUCUUUUACGUAUUUAUUUGUAGUGAUUUUUGCUUACCUUUCGUAUACUUUGCACUCCUAUCGUGUUUCUUUUUCAACGGUUUUACUUAACUUGAUUCCUCUUUGUCGUGGUCAAAUCUUGUCAUCAAAAUUUCGUCCACUUCCCGUUGUCCAUAUAAAUUCCACAUUUUGCACACAUACUCAGAUCCGGUGACAAUGCAUGCCUGUAUCAAAAUCGGCAUCAAUUAAUCAAUUAAUUCGCUACUUUAAAGCAAUUCACAUUUUGUAUGGACGCCUUAUUAUUUACAUAUAUAUUUGUGUAGGUCAAAAACGCCGUGGUACCUAAACUGUGGAAGCGGCAUGCGCAAAAAGCAGCGCCGCGUGUCUCAGGCGCCA